CAUUCAAACAAUCCCCUUUAUUAUAUUCCCCUGUCUCAAGAACAUGAAAACAGAGGCGGAAAACAGAGGAGAUGAUCAAAUUUUGGUUCAUGAUUCUUCUGUUGAUCAUAAACGAAGGCUUCCUCUCAGAGCUUCCACCGGCGUCUGGAAAGCUUCCCUCUUCAUCAUCGCCAUUGAGUUCAGUGAGAGGCUGAGUUACUUUGGAAUAGCUACGAGUUUGGUUAUAUAUCUCACCAGGGUCAUCCGACAAGACCUCAAAACAGCGGCUAGGAAUGUUAAUUAUUGGACUGGCGUCACCACUUUGAUGCCUCUGCUUGGCGGCUUCUUGGCCGAUGCUUAUUUGGGCCGUUUCUCCACUGUUCUCGUUUCAACCAUCGUUUACCUCUUCGGGCUGUCUCUGCUGACAUUGUCCACUCUUGUACCAAGCUUGAAGGCCUGCGGUAGUGAGCCCUGCGAUGAGCCAAGGAAGCUCCAUGAAGUCUUGUUCUUCACGGCGAUUUACUUAAUCUCCGUUGGAACUGGUGGGCAUAAACCAUCUCUUGAGAGCUUUGGCGCCGACCAGUUCGAUGACGAUCAUGUAGAGGAAAGGAAGCAAAAGAUGUCGUUUUUCAAUUGGUGGAACUCUGGGCUCUGUGCUGGUGUCAUAUUUGGAGUGACGUUAAUUGUGUAUGUUCAAGAACAUGUCGGCUGGGGCAUGGCUGGUGUGAUUCUCACGUCGGUUAUGGCAACGUCGCUUGCUAUCUUCCUUGUUGGAAGGCCGGUUUAUCGGUACAGGGCGCCAUUAGGAAGCCCUUUAACUCCUCUGUUGCAGGUUUUAGUGGCUGCUUUUACAAGGAGAAACUUGCCUUAUCCUUCAGAUUCUGCUCAUCUCUAUGAAGUUCAAGCUACAGACAAGGUUCAUGGGAGGCUCUUGACUCACACAAACAGGCUCAAAUUUUUGGACAAAGCUGCGAUCGUGGGGGAGACAAGCAAUUCAGCUGGAAAACAGAGUCCAUGGAGGCUUGCAACAGUCACAAGAGUUGAGGAAUUGAAGCUUGUUCUAAACAUGAUCCCAAUUUGGAUAGCUUCCAUACCCUUUGGAAUCUGCGUGGCGCAAACUUACACAUUCUUCAUUAAACAAUGCGCAACACUAGACAGAAAAAUCGGCAACACAUUUAUCAUCCCGACAUCCUCCAUGUUCUGUCUGGCUGCCGUCGGCAUGAUCAUCUCCGUCGCCAUCUACGACAGGCUACUCGUUCCGAUCCUCCGCAAAACAACAGGCAACGAGCGAGGCAUAACCAUUCUCCAAAGGAUCGGAAUCGGAAUGAUCUUCUCGUUCAUGGCGAUGUCGGUGGCCGGCCUCGUCGAGCGAAAACGACUCGGCGUAGUAAAAGGCAGCCCAACAAAAGGGUCGGGGGCGAUGAGCGUGUUCUGGCUGGGGCCGCAGUUUUUAAUCAUUGGAAUUGCAGAUGGGUUUGCAUUGGUGGGGCUGCAAGAGUACUUUUACGAUCAAGUUCCUGAUUCCAUGAGGAGCCUUGGGAUAGCUUUUUAUUUGAGUGUUAAUGGGGCUGCUAAUUUCGUCAGCAGCUUGUUGAUCACGGCGGUGGAUCGGAUCACCGGUAAUAGCAGCGGCGGGAAGAGUUGGUUUGGGGACAAUUUGAACACCAGCCGUUUGGAUCAUUUCUAUUGGCUAAUUGCCGGAAUUGUGGCCGUUAAUUUGUGUUUUUUUGUGCUGUUUGCUCGCCAGUAUGCGUAUAAAUCCGUGCAGAGGACCACGGUGGCUGAUUGCUUCGACGGCGACGGCAAAGCCGGAGGCGUAACUUCAGCGGUUUGAAA